AUGGUGAAGCGCGGAGGUACGAAGAGAAAGAUCAGUAAGUUGGAAAAGAUCUCUAAGAGAGAAUACCUCGCCACAGCUUUCACCAAACGUUGUAACGGACUUCACAGCAAAGCCGCUCAGCUUUGUCUACUCGCCGACGCACAAAUAGCCAUCUUGGCCACUCCUCCUUCUUCGCAAUCCAACGUCUCCUUCUUCUCUUUUGGUCACUCUUCCGUUGAUGCCGUCGUGUCUGCUUAUCUCACGGGACAGCGUCUCGCUCCUGUUCGGGAAGAGCCGAGGGAGGAGGACAUUGGUAUAUUGAUGGCUCGUAAGGAAUUAGGGUUAGAGCUGUGGUGGCAAAAGGAAAGUCUUUCUAAAUCCAAGGAUCCUCAAGAAUUGAUGGACGCGAUGAAAGCCAUGGAGAGGGUGUUGAUUAAACUGCGAGACUUUGUUGGUAAUAAUAGCGAAAGAGAUUCUCAUCCUCCAUCUUCUGGAGACAACAAGGAAAGCGAUGUCUUUUCACACCAAGGAACUCAAGACUUGGAUGAAACCCUAAAUCUCCAAGAAACUUGUUGCGUACCUGAUGAUGAUCUAUUACCUGAGGGUUUUGACAAGAUCAUCACUGAAGAGCAAGAUCAGAUACUGUCUAUUUGUGAUAGUUUUUGUGCUAAUGAGGACAUAAACAACAUAAGCGCUUUAAGUGGAAGCUUGGAUGUGUGCAAUAAUCAAGAGAUGGAUAUUGAUGAACUGAUAGAUUGGACGAGUUUUGAAUGUCCAGCAUUCAGUGAUGAUGGUGUUUUGGAUAGCACUCAUGGGAGUCUUUUGAACAACUUUGAAGCUGCUGCUGAUCAUGACGUCGUCUCUACGAAUCCAAAUCCUCCAAUCAUUGUGUCUGAAUGUGUAGAAGUGGAAGCUUUGGAUGAAGCUGCUAAUGAUGUCUCCACGAAUCUAUAUCCUAUCUAUGAUUUUGAUGGUGUUGAAGAGGAAGGUUUUAUGUAUCUGGACAGAGCUUUGUGUGAAGACAAUCUCCACUUUUCUGAUUAUUUCUGCUGCUAG